AUGAUAACUAAUCCUGGGAUAGUAAGAACAAAAUUACUAGAAAGUAAAUCUACUCAUACUCCUUAUACUCAAUCUACAUUUCAUAGCCCCAGUAACUCAAGAACUUUAGGAUUCUUCAACAAAGAAUUAAAAAAAAUACAGGAUUCAAAUAAACUCUAACCUUUCUUUGUGGAAAAAUAAAGUCAUUCAGCUACAUCAUCUUGUCAUACUUUUAUGACUUAGAUGGAGAGUGCUUAGCAAUAAAUUAGAGUGAAUAAGUUUGGAAAAAUCAAAAGCCGAAAAUAAAUGACAUUAUUUAACAAUGAGGAAUUUUUAUCUGAUGAUAUCCUUGAGUUGUACAAUGAAUAUGAAAAGAAUUAUACCACUUUAAAUAAAGUGGAGAAAUUUGUUGAUAUAUAAAUUUAGUAAGUUAAUUAGCCUUAAUUUACAAUUGAUUCUUAAGACUUUUUAGCUAUUAGUGAUGAAAAAUUAAAAUUAAAUGAUUUAAAUAAACUGAACAGAGUGAAAAUACAGAGAUUUAAAUUCUAUUAUUUUAGAAUAAAAACAAAAGGCAGAAUGUCUCCUGUUCAGAUAUUUUUACAUUGUCCAGAUAGAGUUCAAAGUUCUAAUAUUAGAAUGUUCAUAUCAUCAAAGGCUGAGUUUCCAACUAAAUUCAACUCUGAAUAAAUCAUUUAAGCUAAAAAUGCCAAAAUGUAUGCUGAUCACAAUCAACCUUAUUUUUCCAAGGAAUUUCUAUACAUUACAAUUUACUCAGACAUAGACUUCGAAGUUACAAUUGAUAUCAUCUUUGGAAACCCAAUUCAGAAGAUUGCACCUCGAAAAAAGUAAGUAGAAGAAGACCUUUUGGAUAUUCGUCCACAAACUCAAAGGGUUAUUAGGAGAGAUAAAAUUAUUUACAAUUUGGAUAUGAAAUAGUAUUUGCUAAAGACGAAAAACUUUGAAUAAAAUAAAGUAGAAAGAGAGUUCAAACAAUAGUUAGUGUUAACAAAUAAAAAAGUUAUUUAAGAAGAAAAACAAGUUGAUAAAGUAUGCAAAGUUUUAGCCAGAGAAUCGAUAAAUUAAUACAGAGAAAUAGAAAAAAUAGUGAAGUAGAGGAGAGAACAAACAAAAUUGUUUUAAAAUUCUUGGUGCUAGAUAGUGAGUUUGUUUGAUUUUUGUAAAGAAGUGAAAACAAAAUUAGAAGAUAUCAAACGACAUAAGAAGGCCCAAGCAAAAGGAAAAUUAUUAGUUUGGUAAUUAAAAACAAUGGCAUUAAUGAAAGUUUAAAUAUAUGGAUCAACUCCUAAGGAGAGAACAAUAUUCAAAUCAAAAUUGAUCUUAUAAUCUUAUGCUUUCUUGAUAAAAAAGAAAACAAAGUUGUUAGCUGAAGAUGUUAUCACUCGUUUUAUUAAGAAGAUGCUGCUCUAUCUAACAACAUUAAAUAAAUAAUAGAGUCUAAUAAAGAAAGUGAAAACAAUUCAAAGAAAGUUUCGAAGUUUGAAGUAAAAACGAAGAAUGUUUAGAGAUAAGUUUUGGAAAUAGAUAAAAGAGAAUAUAAGUGAUGUCGUUUAUUAAUUAAGGAGAUAAAAAGAUGUUCGAAAUUUAUUCAGUGAUGGGAAAAGGCCUACAGUUCAAAUCGAUGUACCUGUAAUGUAGAGUCUGAUUGAUGACUACUGCGAAAAAGCUAGGGCUCGGUGGAUGAAUUACAUUAAUAGAACUUUCAAAGAAAAGAAUAGGGCAAAAAAAAUUUAAAAUGUGGCAUUGAAUUUUACCGAACCAAAAUUAUAUGACAUGCCAAAUGAAUACGAAUUAACUUAAUUAAUUGAUCAAUAUGCUAAAAUUAAAAAAUUAUAUUGA